AUGGCAGACCGUGCUCGACGAAGCUCUCGUGCCCACAAGCCAUCGAUUAUUCUGGCCGAACACGUCCAGGAAGACAGCGGCGAUGAGGAGUACGAGGAGGAAGGAGACGAAGAAGAGACACGGAGCAUCAAAUCGAGUGGUAAGAGGCGCGGAGCAGCGACGAGUCCAAAGCCAGCGCCAGCGAAGAAACCACGUCGUCGCCCGAAAGCAUCGAAUCCGCCAGCCGCGCCGUCUAAUAGUUUGUUGAAGCCGGUGCCGCAAGCUCCAUCAUUCCAUGUCAACGACGUCAGUCAUCUGCGCAUGCAGGAAACUCCAGAUACCUUGAUCUUGAAACGUUGGUUCGGCAUGCGAGCCGGGCUCGAGAUCCUCAGAGAAGUUCCGCCAACAUCAAUGGCAGACCACACCAUGACACCGCUCUCUGACCGAGCCGAUGUACCAGGUCGCAGCUUCAAGUUCAAGAUCCAUCUCACAGACAUCCCAGUGAACUGGGACCCUGUCGAAGGCGAAGCGCAAUCCUCGAAUAUGCUUACCACGAAGGCAGAAUUCGAUGCAAUGGAGAAGUACGAGAAGGCCGUCUUGACCUGGAAGAUCGAUGUGUGGAACGAUAUGGACCCCGAGCCCGACAGACAUGUGAUACAGCUCUUCCCGGAGGCUCCAAGAGUGAGGAGCAAAGCUCUGCAAAAUUACAAGGGAGGCCGACCAAUUCCGACCAACCGACAAUACUUCCGUAGAGGUGGGCCCCUCGAUCUCACUGUCUGUCCGACACGAGUCGGUGUCGAGAAGGUGGCCGCGGAAGCGUGUAUGUUGCUCAACAAGUACCCGUUAGCUCUCGACCGGUCGAAUUUCCCCAACAUGGCCGCUGGUAGCGAUGGGAAAGACAACGACUCGCGUAAAAUCAUAGAGCUCAUGUCUCUUCAGGCUCUCGACCGCUCGUUCGAUUUCCGCAAAAUCCGGUAUUGGUUCCGCAAUCCUAUCCAACCAAACGCCGGCCAGUAUUUCCUCCGUCCGCAUCUGAUAGUAAGCCCGAACUCAAAAGGUGCCCCCGGGAACUCAUACAUUUUCUUUCUUCCGGUCUUCGAUACGAAGCCAAUGAAAGAAGAUGGCAAAUUUGCGAACGAAAGACCGAACGCCUGGAUGAGGCUGCGUUUGUCAGACACUACAGUCACAAAGCAAAACAUUGAACAGCUUCCCGACAUCCCUUCAUACUGGGGCCUGGAAUAUCAAGUCCCGAAGAAUGUGUCGAAGAUGCGAUCGAGCAACAUCUCGCCCGAUGAUAUGGCGAAAUUUGUGACCUAUCUGUCGUGGAAGUUUUUCGGUUUUGUAGGGACUCGCGAAGCUAUGCAAACUCUCAUCGCCGAAUUGAGCACGUUCCGGCUGCAAAAGCUUGCUCCAUACCAGCAGGGACCUUUCGGUGGCAAGUCAAUCUUCUCUUGGAACGGUUACAUUCUUGGCUUCGGGGGUCACGUCUUGAGAACUAUUCGUGGAGCCGUACCCACGAUAGCUCCGGAACUUCCGAGACCUGCAAUUGCAUUAUGCAUGCAGAGUGCGUACGAGGUUUACAAGCGCGAGAAAAGUACGCGGGCAAUGAUGGACGAAUUAUUUGUAUCGGCUCAAGAACUAUCUUCUGGCGGCAGGUCCAUCCUCAGCCUCCGAAAUCAUUGCAAGUGCUCGGACGGCAUCGAGAGGACUCUGGAGGCGCAUCACUGUAUGUAUUGUCUCAGACUCGUGAUCUGUGCGAACAUGACAUGGCUCGAAGAUGGACGUCUCGUAUGCUCCUCGCAUCUGAAGUCCGGUUCUGUACAAGAGCCAUCGGUUCCUACGGCACGAGUGAAAGUCCGAGUCAGCUGGUUCGAGCGAGGCCUCGAGUCACGUAUCCGAACUGCCAUACGCGAUGCGCUCUGUACAGAAGCCUGGAUCAAAGACAAUAACUUCCAAGACGCGUACGGGGUCGAGCGCACCGACACAUAUGCACCAUCUAUGUUGAACGUAUCGCCGGACGCCGUUUUCCCACUGGAAUUCGCCGAUGGUCAGUUCUGGGUCCACCAUCCCAGUAAUGUUGUCCUAACAACCUACUUCAUGAACGAAUGGAAGGGUACCGACAUUCCGAUGGUCCUGGUAGCCUCAUCAGCUGCUGCGAAGUCGCGCCGCCCCGACGUGUACCUCGUGGACAUUGAGAAGAGCUUCGACCACUUUUGGCGAAUCAGAAUACUCAUUCCAUACGCCAAAGCAUUGCGCAUUAAGCUUGCCACAAAGGCCCCGUUAAAGUGGUGGGAAAACUAUUCACGCAUGAUGCACUGUGGUGUCUAUGAUGGCUCAGAAGGUCUUUACCAGUUCAACUACCGUACUUACCACUCACUCAAACUGGCUGAAGGCGACAAAUGGACUCAGGAUAAUAUUUUGCGUUUGGACAGAAUAUGUCGAGCCAUCGAACAGAGUGCUGUUUACAACCCGAAGGGAUUAUCACUUCCUCGGGGGCGCCGGUUGCCUCAGGGCAUACCUGGAGCGCCCUGGCCGUGGAAUCCAGACCACAUCUACGACAACCACGAUUGGGAGUACCUCAAUCGUCUGUUCUCCCAUCGUUUCCACAGGAUGGACACGAUGUGCGACUGGAAAAACGAUCAUCUUCAAGAGUGUGGAGAGACUUUGUUCCUUACCUGCGUGAUCCUAUGGUUUGCGUUGGAUGGGGGCAAAGACGAGCUUCUCGGCUUGCGGAUGACCGUCCACAUCCGUCAUCCUUUGAGGUUCUCGAUUGGGCGCGCGCUGCACGUUCAGCCCGGGUCUAUCAUGAGGACGGCGUCUAAUGUGGCAAAGAUGCUGCAACUACUCGAGGAAGUUCCAACACAAUCUAAGUAUUGGUCUGCCUAUCCGCCAGACCUUUCAGGGACAUCGAUCAAGCUGCCUAGGGAUUGGAGAUCAGAGCGCAUCGGUGCCACCCAGAUUGAAGAGCUCACAGAUGAUGAGGAACUCAAGAAGGACUACGAGGCCGGUGCCAGAGAAGAAGAUGACAUGCCGCCCAAGGAUAUUUUUGGCGAGGUCAAUAACGAUCUUCUCAAGGAUGUUGAGGAAGAUACGAUGGGUGACAGUGAUUUGGCGGAGAACGAGGAGCCAUCGUCGACACUUCAGGACGAUGUUGAUUUCCUUUUGGAGCAGGAAAAGCAUGUCCCGGACGACGAAAGGGAGCGUUUCAGGAACGCAGUUAUGCGCCUUGGCAAAGUUGCGGGAAAGAAAAAGGCUUGA